CCGAGGACUGGGGAAUUAGAUAUUGUCGAUCUGUCAGAUAAAAACUUUAAGAAGAACGAAACGACAAAAUCAUGUGAUUCAACAGUUAUAGGCCAGAGCCAGGAAUAUUCUGGUGUGUACUAUAGUAAGACACGUUAUGCAAUAUUUGGUAAUCAAGCGUUUUAUUCACAGGUACGCUCUUUUCGGUUAUCAAAGCAAAGUUAAAUGUUAGAGAAACGCUUCUCGUCUUUCUUAUCCAUUCACAGCCAACACAUGGCCGUCGUAUUCUAAAGCCUGUUCGUUCAGAAACGCGGCUAGACGGGUCGUCGACGCCCCUCAGCCGAUACAUUUUUUUUAGCAACGUAGCAACAAAAAUAAAAAAAAACAUUUAACCAUAAACAGUUCGAAAAGUAAUUAAGCACUAAUACUACCACAAGUACCUGUAAUAUCAAAUGCCUGUGUCCACCAGUUCACUUGAAAACCGACUUAUUAGGAAUUAUAUAUGCCCACUGCUGUGCAAGAGUGUUGAUGCCUCCUCAAACUAAUUGUCCAUUUAAACAUGCUAGCUUUGCCAAAAUGUCUUGUUUUCUGUAAUGAAAACUUCGUUCUCUAUCCAACAACUAAAUGAUGACACUGGAUAGUGUAACUGAGGAUAUUAUCGUGGUUAUUUUAUGUACUCACAUCACAGCAAAAAACGAGUCUCCAUUUACCAUAUCAUACAAUCUCAAUCUUCUCGAAUUGCCCCGAACUGCUCCCGGCCAUGACAAUGAAUUUUUGUUCCUGAAACAUACCUUAAUAAUCAAAGCCAUAUAUGUACUCUAAGAAACUGUUUAAUUAUUAUUUGCCACAGUACAUUUGAUUCCUUGUUCUUCAUUAAUUUUCAUUUGUACUACACACCGAUAACUAACUUUGGUAUCACUGCUGGUUUUACGAAAAUGGUUGUUCCUCCUAUCGAGUUACUAGAAACUGAUUGACACUUAUUUUAUCCAAUAGUACUUAUUCUCAUGUUUAAAAUGGUACAUCCUUUGCCUGUCUUUGAGUAAUGUAAAGGUCUGAUUGGAUAAUGCGUAACCAAGUCACCAAGAUGUAUUGCCCGUGCGCAGCGACGCACGGUUCAUUGCGUUCUUCAUUGCGACGAAAUACGAGUUUCUGACAAGUAGUUUUUAAUCAUAGUUUAUAUUAUAGUCCUAUAGUUUAGAUUAUAUUAUAUCCUCUAUUGCAUUAUUCUCUAUUCCUUCAUUCAAAAAUGAAGAAAUAUACCCGGGAACACGAAGAAGACGAGGUUGGGGCAAGUAUAGAUUCCCUCGAGGAGUUGGAUUGGGAUGAUCGCAUUGACCGUGUCCUUGACAUAGAUGUCCCUGCAGGAGACACACCUGUCCUCGCCCCUCUCCCAACACCCCUCACCUUUUCUGACCUUCCAGGUCCGUCAAGCCCUCCUCCAGCUCCAAGGCAGACGAGGGCCAAAAGGAGAGUGCGGCCAUCCUCCAAGACAGCAACAGCACCCAUACCACUGCCGCCUCCUUCAAAGAGGAGAAGACCUGCCCUACUGGUGGAUAGAGGGCAUGAUGGUGGUUCUGAGGAGAACGUGUGCCCCUCACAGAUUCCUGCAAGGCAGACGAGGGCCAAAAGGAGAGUGAGGCCAUCCUCCAAGACAGCAACAGCAUCCACACCAUGGCCGCUUCCUUCAAAGAGGAGCAGACCUGCCCCACUGGUGGAUAGAGGGCAUGAUGGUGGUUCUGAGGAGAACGUGUGCCCCUCACAGAUUCCUGCAAGGCAGACGAGGACCAAAAGGAGAGUGAGGCCAUCCUCCAAGACAGCAACAGCACCCAUACCACUGCCGCCUCCUUCAAAGGCCUCCACCAGACCUGCCCCACCGGUGGAUAGAUGGCAUGAUGGUGCUGAGGAGGACGUGUGCCCCCCACAGUUUCCGUUCUGCCCUGAGGACGCCAGGACCGCAGCUUGAUUCCCAGAAAUCUUACAGCCCCCAGGAAAUAGAGAGCCAGCCACUAUGUGUCCCAUUAGAAGCCUGUGUACUCUCCAAUGAUCCCAACCUAAAAGCCACCAAGGGGAGGAGGAAGUGCCGACUCUGCAAGUCCUCCACUAUAUGGCUAUGUGAGGCUUGUGACGUGCCCCUGUGCAUAAUCCCAGGGCGGUGUUGCUUCAGAUUUUGGCAUGAGGCCAAAAGCAGACAGUGUGUCUGAUUUUUUUUUUUAUGUUAUAUAUAUUUUUUUUUUGUAUACAUAUUUGUACAUAGUUCUUUUUUGUGUGUACUUAUUUGUAAAUAGUUAAUUUUCCCUUUGCCUCCUAAAAUCCAACCCCUCAUCCACGUUGUAGGAGGUGGUAACAGCACAUUACAUGUGAGGCAUUUGUAGUUGUUCUGGCUAACCGGGCUCUGGUGUGGACAUUUUUUUUUUUCAUUUUGAUUUUAUUUUAUGAAAGACUGAGACCACUGGAACAAACAUCAGGACAGGCUUCACUUCAAAUAAGUACAAAACCACAAAAACAUACAUGAUAAUGUGAUAAUGUACUUCUAGAUGGAUUUGGAUAGGUUUUUGGGUAUAUUUUGGAUAGGCUAUAGACCAUCAUGUAUAUUCUCACAAGAAAAUACAAUACAAUGCAAAUUAUUACAUUGAAAUUAAUUCAAAAUGGUUUGCUGUAGUACAGAAGGCAAGAUAAAGUUAGAAUGCUGGAUAUACAGUGACUUUUGUAUUUGGUGAUUUUGGAGAGGUUAUGAGACACUUGGAGACGUCUAAAGACACCAUAUGGAAACUGAUGUGUG